UUUGGGCGUCACUAAUCACAAUUCAGUAUUCAAUGACCAGUACUAGCUAGUCACAAGUUAGUACUAAAUUAAACAGGUUGGUUGUGUGAAUUUGGUCGCAUAAACCGGUAGGACGUAUCGGUGUUUCAGUGCCGGCAUUUUCUAAUUUAUUUAAUUAAUUUUUAAAUAUUACAAUAAUUAAUGUGCUAAGUUUUCUAACAAGUGUUUGAAAUGGGUGCGAAAGUGUCCAGAACUGACUUUGAGUGGGUCCACACGGAAGAACCUCAUGCUACAAGACGAAAAAUCAUCUUAGAAAAGUAUCCAGAGAUCAAGAAGCUGUACGGAUAUGAUCCCAUGUUUAAAUGGGUAGUCACUGCCAUGGUCCUCACUCAGUUCGCCAUGCUGCCAGUGGUCCAGCACUUGAGCUGGCCCUACGUUAUAAUACUGGCGUAUUGCUUCGGCGGGGUCAUUAACCACUCCUUGAUGUUGGCAAUCCACGAGAUCGCUCAUAACCUGGCCUUCGGUCACAACAGAGCUCUGCACAACCGUAUCUUUGGUUUCUUCGCCAACCUUCCUAUCGGGAUACCGAUAUCAAUCAGCUUUAGGAAGUACCACUUGGAACACCACAGGUACCAAGGGGACGAGGUCAUAGAUGUUGACCUACCGACGUUGUUGGAGGCCAAGCUGUUCUGCACCACCGGCGGUAAGCUGCUGUGGGUUCUCCUGCAGCCGUUCUUCUACUCUCUGAGACCGCUAGUCGUCAGGCCGAAACCCCCCACUCCCCUGGAGCUGGUCAACCUGAUCAUACAACUGUUCUUCGACGCUGUGGUCGUCAAAGUGUUUGGAUUCAAGGUACUCGGGUACCUAUUGAUAGGAUCCUUACUGUCCAUGGGGAUGCAUCCGGUUGCCGGUCACUUUAUAUCCGAGCACUACAUGUUCCGUAAGGGCUUUGAGACCUACUCGUACUACGGACCCCUGAAUUGGAUCACCUUCAAUGUUGGCUACCACAACGAACACCACGACUUCCCAGCUGUGCCUGGCAGCAGGUUACCGGAGGUGAAGCGUAUAGCUUCUGAGUUCUACGAUGACCUGCCCCAGCAUCACAGCUGGUCUGCUGUCCUGUACGACUUUAUCAUGGACCCUGACAUCGGACCUUAUGCCAGGAUUAAGAGGAAACACUACGGCCUUGAGAGUUAGGAUACUCUGAUGUCUCGCCUCUUGGAUAUGAUCUGUGGAAUAUUCAUUAAUGUAAUUUUUUCAAGGUAGACCUGAAAUAUUACUUAUAUAUACAUAUAUAUGUGUGUAUGUCUGUGAGUAUGUAAUUUUUUUGUAAAUCGUUAGUUUUAUAUUAAUUGCCUGUAUAUUGAAUUAAUAUUUUUUUGUUUACUGUAAACGUUACAUUUGAUCUUAUUUAUUAUCCUGUUUUUAUCAAUAAACGUUAUGUCAGAUAAUUUUGUUAAUUGUAUUUUUAUAAAAAAUAUCUAUAGUUUUCCUAAGUACCUACAUUUAUUUAACUACUAUAAUUGUCCCUAACAGUUUGUGAACCCGAACACUGUUUUGUUAUGUAUAAAAAUCUUUAGUAUCGAAAGGUAUUGCUGGAGAAGGUUUUGUUUGUAACUUCUUCAAGCCUCGGUACAGCUGUUAGUUAGUGUGAUAUUUAUGAUAUUCAAUAUACAUUUAAUAUUCCACUGUCCCAGUCAAAGCUAUAACCAAAACGCUAUGUUGUAUGAGAUAUAUGAAUUGUGCAUAUUUUUAUAAAAUUUUACGCAUGUGUACAAAUUUUUAGCAUAUGUACACAGACACUGAGAUAUACUCGUAUGCAGACGUUUCGUUUCGCUUAGUAUGUAUGAGUAGCUAUAUUCUAUGUAAAUAUACUCGGCAUUUAUAAAAUGUGUACAUGUAAAAUUAAUAUAGUAUUCUCAAAGGUAUGAAGAUAUUUUUAUAACUAUAUUUCAGUAAGUGUGUACAAAAUAAGCAAAUUUGUACAUAAUCUGUACACGAUGUCGGCAACCAAGCAAGGUCCCUACAGGAUAUAUGUAUGUAUAUGUCAAAAAACUGUUUCUAUGUGUUUGUUGUAAUAAAUAUUUAAGUCAUU